GUUGCAGGACAAGCUGCAGAGCUGGGCAGCUGAUGAGGGGCAGAGGACGUGUAGGGAAAACAACUUGAGUGAAACAGCCUGUUUUUCCACGGCAGUAAGCGUUUAAUUAAUCGUGUUUAACGGCGGCGACGGGUUAACGCUCCUAGAAAGACUAAGUGACCACAAAGAGCAGCUGAUAAAGGCUUGAACACUGCAAGAAGACAACCAUGCCUGCUCUGUCUGCACCCAGCGAUAUUAGCUCCUCUCUACCCCCUUCUCCAGUGGACAGCAGUCCCAGGAGGUUGUCCUGGGGGAAACUGGUGCAGAGACUGGCUGAUUUCAGUGCAGGAGGCAGCAGCAGCAGCAUUGAGUCCAGGUCCAACAAUGGCAGCAGGAGUGAUCUCUCUGACUCAGGGUCAGAUUUCUCCAGUGACCUCUCACCUUCCAUUGAUGAUCUCUUCUAUGAUCCGAUGGAGGAGACCAUACUAAAAGACGUAGUGGACCUCAUCGCCCGAAGUUUGAAGGAAGCCAAAGACUCUGACUGCGCCUUAAGGUGUACUAAACUCCUAAUCCCAGAGAAACUUCUGGAGCACAUCGGGCGCGAGCUCCUUCACCUGGCAGCUAGUGAGCCCUGCGGCUUGAGGGGGGCUCUCAUUGACCUUUGUGUGGAGCAAGGGCUCGUCUGCGAGAGCGUGGGACAGAUAUCAGUGGACCCAUACCUCGUCCCUACCUUUCAACUGACGCUGGUGUUGAGGAUAGAGUCUAGCGGGCUGUGGCCUAAAAUCCAGGGACUUUUUAGCACCAAGUCUCCUUCCACUCCAGUAGUGAGGCAAGCUAUUAAACUUAGCACUGGUUUCCGAGUGAUCAAGAAGAAACUGUACAGUUCAGAAGAAAUGCUCAUUGAGGAAUGCUGAAAACUGACUUGCAUCAAGGGACUGGCUUUAGUGUUUUAUCGUCAACCUUUUUAAAAUGCCCAGUUAAAGCUCACAUAAGAGCCUUAUUGUAAUUCAAUGUAUUUGUUGCCUUCUUAACGGUAAGGAUGUAUUUUGUAAUGAUGUAGCCUAUUGUUCCUACUGUAAGGGAGCCACAAUUCAUGGUACUUGGAGCAAACGGUGCAGAACCAUUUGUGCUUCUCAAUGGCAUGCAGUUUUGCAAAUUACCACUAUAUCUGAUCAAUAGGCAUUUGCAAGUAUUAAACUGCGUACCUCAGUUUCUGUUGAAACCGUACAAUGGCAGCUAGCUUAUAUGGUAACAGUCAUUUUGAGACCAUUUUUCUUUUUUUUUUUUUUUUUGACAUGGCAGUUAAUUGAAUUACACACCAAGAGGACCAUUAGGGGCCUUAGUGACUGCUUGUAUUUAAGCACAAAGGCCUACCGGUGCUUGCUUCAUAUAUGUGCAAGCUACAGCUCAGCAAAGUCAAAUGUAACUUGGUUCUUUUUCAAUGUAGACCUGUCCAUGUCCUGCAUUCAACGUUAUUUAUUUGAUAUUCAAAUAUUCACAAUAUUGCACUGUUUUUGUACUUUCAUGAUUGCAGAAUAAAUUAUUUUUAAACAACUUGC